AUGUCGCGUUUAGGGAAGGUCGCUGAGUUUGAUCCUAAGUCACAGAAUUUCGAGUCUUACCUGGAGCGAUUCGAACUGUUUGUGCAAGCCAACGACAUAGAAGAGGAAAAGAAGCUAGCGGUUUUCCUAACUGUAAUAGGAGCAGAAGCUUAUGAAGUCUUGAAGAACCUUGUAGUGCCGGCUUCCCCACGUGAGAAAACUUACGAGGAAGCAAAGCGGUUGCUUACAGAACAUUACAGCCCACGGAGCUCGGUAAUCGCUGAGCGCUGCAGGUUCAACAAGCGGACUCAGCACGAAGGGGAAAGCGUAGAAAAUUUUAUAGUUGAGCUGAAGCACUUGGCCAGGAAAUGUAACUACGGCGACUUCUUACAGGAUGCACUUCGCGACAGGCUAGUAGCAGGUGUGCGCAAUGAAGAAACGCAGCGAGCCUUGUUCGCGGAAGAAAGCCUAACCUUUGACAGCGCCUGCAAGAUUGCCUUGGACCGAGAAAUGGCGGCAAGAGAGGCAGCGCUAAUGAAAGAAAAGAACAAAGAGGAGUCAUUAAAUGCGGUUGGGAGUCAGCCGAAGAAAGGGAUGAAGAAGACUCAAAAGAACCACUUUGCCAAGAAAGAGCGAUUGUUCGUGAAGACUGUGCGCGGUGAGUGUGCCUCGUGGGAGGAAGGUGUGGUGCGUCAGGUUGUGAGUGCUGUGACAUACGUGGUGAAAGUGCGCGAACAACUUCGGUUUACGCAUGCCGAUCACCUGCGACCACGCCAUGCGGACCCGACACCAAGCCUGAAUCCCAAGUCCGGACUCGGACACCCUUUAACGCCGCACAGCGACGUCACAGAGGAGAAAUCACCGGCCGCAGGAAACUCAGCCAGAACUUCCGUUCCAGAUAAACUGGUGGCUACUGAUCCGACGCCUCCUGUUCAACAGCCUAUCCCACCUGUCAACGUGAACUGCCCGACAGAGCUAGCAGCUCCGACGUCACAAACGGAGCCACGGUCAGCUUCGCCGUCAGCGGAAAGCCAACCGUUCCGGCGCAGCACACGAACCCGCAAACCACCGGAUCGUUUCUAG